AUGUUUUGUCUCGCAGUGUUUUCUCUUCAGUCAUUGAACAUGUCACUGCAAAAUCAAUUGGAGGAGUCACUGAAGAGUCAGGAAUUACUACAGAGUAAAAAUGAAGAGCUCUUAAAAGUGAUUGAAAAUCAGAAAGAUGAAAACAAAAAAUUUACUAGUAUAUUUAAAGACAAAGAUCAAACUCUUCUUGACAAUAAACAGCAAUUUGACAUCGAGAUGACAAGGGUGAAAAUUGAAUUGGAAGAUGCCUUGGUCAAUGUGAAAAACUCCCAGUUUAAGCUGGAAACUGCUGAAAAGGAAAAUCAGAUAUUGGGAAUAACAUUACGCCAGCGUGAUGCUGAGGUGGCUCGACUGAGAGAAUUAACCAGAACUUUACAGAACAGUAUGGCAAAGCUGCUCUCAGAUCUUAGUGUGGACACUGCUCGUUGCAAGCCUAGGAAUAACCUAACCAAAUCACUUCUGAACAUUUAUGAUAAACAACUUCCACAGGACCCAGCCCCUCUUCACACUUCCAUAAUGAGCUACCUAAAUAAAUUAGAGACAAAUUAUAGUUUCACACAUUCUGAGCUACUUUCUACAAUUAAAAAUGAGGACACCAUAGAACCAGACAGACCCUAUGAAAACAUUCUUCCCUCCAAAGGCCCUCCACAUAGUGACACUAGGGCCAUGGAGGAAUUAUCCACACUUGGGAAUCUUUCUGCCCUUUCCAAACAAGAUUCUGAUGCACAAUGUAAAACCAUGACUUUAAUGGAAGAGGAGUGUAAUUUGGAUAAUACAGUUUAUAUUCCUUUUGCUAGAAGCACUUCUAACAAGCACUCACCACCUUCUAAGAGAAUAUCCCCUCCACCAAAGAUAAGUGUUGCUGCAACACAGCUGGUUAGCAACAGUACACCUAUCUCUGAAACAAAACAUAAACUAUGUGUACCUGUAGUUUGUUCUUCAAAAAAAAAAGCAGAAGAUGUACCUGAAAAUCUUUCCAGAACAGCUAAUAGGGAGGACAUACUGCUCCUCAAGAAAAUUAAGGAAGCAAUUGGUAAGAUCCCUGCUGCCUCCGAAGAUCCAAAGGAACAGACUACCUGUCACAGCCCAACAGCUUGUCACACCACCAGAGUUCAAGUGAAAGGGAAUGCUACUUGUGAUGGCAGCUUUUUAAAUUCUGACUUGAUGUCAGAUUGGAGCAUCUCUUCUUUUUCAACGUUUACUUCUCAUGAUGAACAAGACUUUAGAAAUGGCCUGGCAGCAUUGGAUGCCAACAUAGCUAGACUCCAGAAGUCCUUAAAGACUGGUUUUCUGGAGAAAUGAACUCAGAAGAAAAAUGAGUGCUUCCCUUUUUAAGAUUAGAACUUGGCUACACUAAGGGUAUAUGUUAGUUCUUUAGAGAAAUAACUUUUUAUAUUAUUAAUUAUGUAUAAAAUAAUAAAUUGAAGAUAAAUUUACUGUGGAAUAUUUUAACACUGGAUAA